GCAAGCGACCGAGAGGAGAUGAAGGUGCUACCUGCUUCUGGCCUUGCUGUCCUUGUCACGGCUUUAAAGUUUGCCACUGCAGGCCCCAACCUACUGGCACCCACCCCUAAGACCUUCAGGAGCAACUAUCACCUCGCACAGGCCUAUCUUGACAAGUAUUACACAAAGAAAGGAGGCCCCCAGGCUGGCGAGAUGGUGGCAAGAGGAAGCAACCCCAUGGUCAGAAAGAUUAAGGAGCUACAAAUGUUCUUUGGCCUCAAAGUCACUGGGAAGUUGGACCAGAAUACAAUGGAUGUGAUCAAGAAGCCCCGCUGUGGAGUUCCUGAUGUGGCUAACUACCGCCUCUUCCCAGGUGAACCCAAAUGGAAAAAAAAUAUUUUGACAUACAGAGUCUCUAAGUACACGCCCUCCAUGAGGCCCACUGAGGUGGACAAGGCUGUACAGAUGGCCCUGCACGCGUGGAGUACAGCUGUCCCGCUGAACUUCGUUAGAAUAAGCUCUGGGGAAGCAGAUAUCAUGAUAUCUUUUGAAACUGGAGAUCAUGGGGAUUCCUACCCAUUUGAUGGGCCUCGAGGGACUCUGGCCCAUGCAUUUGCACCCGGAGAAGGCCUGGGAGGAGACACACAUUUCGACAAUGCUGAGAAGUGGACUAUGGGAACGAAUGGGUUCAAUUUAUUCACCGUCGCUGCUCAUGAAUUUGGCCAUGCUCUGGGCCUGGGCCAUUCCACAGACCCAUCAGCACUGAUGUACCCAACUUAUAAGUACCAGAACCCCUAUAGGUUUCAUCUCCCCAAGGAUGACGUGAAAGGAAUCCAAGCAUUAUAUGGACCCCGGAAAACAUUCCCAGGAAAGCCCACCAUGCCCCAUAUACCACCUCACAAGCCAUCCAUCCCUGACCUUUGUGACUCAAGCUCAUCCUUUGAUGCGGUGACAAUGUUGGGAAAGGAGCUUUUGUUCUUCAAGGAUAGGAUUUUCUGGAGAAGGCAGGUGCACUUGGCAGCAGGGAUUCGGCCCAGCACCAUCACCAGCUCCUUCCCUCAGCUCAUGUCCAAUGUGGAUGCAGCUUAUGAAGUGGCUGAACGAGGCAUUGCUUUCUUCUUCAAAGGUCCUCACUACUGGGUCACUCGAGGAUUCCAGAUGCAAGGUCCUCCUCGGACAAUUUAUGACUUCGGGUUCCCAAGGCAUGUGCAGCGAAUAGAUGCUGCCGUCUACCUCAAGGAGCCUCAGAAGACCCUUUUCUUUGUGGGAGAGGAGUACUACAGCUAUGAUGAAAGAAAAAAGAAAAUGGAAAAGGACUACCCAAAAAACACUGAAGAAGAGUUUUCAGGAGUGAGUGGCCAUAUAGAUGCUGCCGUGGAACUGAAUGGCUACAUUUACUUCUUUUCAGGACCGAAAACAUUCAAGUAUGAUACAGAGAAGGAAGACGUGGUUAGUGUGGUGAAAUCCAGCUCCUGGGUUGGUUGCUGAAUCGUCAGGUCUCAUCUCUCCACAGGGAUCAAGAGCGUUGUGAGCAACUGAUGACUGGACAUUACGGACUAAGUGGUGUGUCAGAGACACUCUUCUCCAGCCUUCAGUCCUGUGGGUGAUUGAAGGUUCCUUAAAAAUAAUAACAAUUCUAUUGCUUUUCCUAAAAUUCAUUCACAAUUUUAAUCUAAAUGAGAAGCUACCUUUAUUCAGAAUUGCAUAAUAUACCCUUUAGUUAAAUAUUCACUUUUUUCCUACCUACUGUAGUAAAGCAAAUUGAUCACUUUGGUUUCUGUUUGUAGGAAAAAGACUAUGUGCACACACACACACACGCAUGUUUCAUUAAGCAAGGUCAUUACCAUACAAACUAUAAUUACUCUUUAAAAACAAUGACCAUCAUUUACUAUGCUAGAUAUAAAUGUACUUAUUUGUGUUUUGAAGGUAUCACAAACAAACUGCACCACCAGGUGUGUUCUUGGCUCUGGCUGUCCUCUGUGUCUCCCACUGGCCUCUGAAGUGGGUUGGUAGACAAACGUUCAAAUUAAUCUUCAUGCUUCCCAACAGCUGGACACCACAAUAGGGACCCUUUCUAGCAAAACCCAAUAAACAUCUUGUGUUCCUCAUUUCUCUUUUCUGUUAAUACUUACUAGCUCUUAUCACGCUUUAUUUGGCAACAAAUUCUGUGUACCUGUAGAAAAUGUAAACGAUAGUAUCAUAAGUACACAGAGCCAGGAAAAAUAACACUGCCUAACCUAUUUCCUACUUCCUGGUAGCAACCCCAGUGGAGAUGUCUUUGAUCCACCUCAGUUUCUUCUAAAUAGUUUUCUAUUUUAGGAAGUUUAUUUUUUUGUUGUUUUAGUUUGUUUGUUUGUUUAUUUGUUUUAAUUCAAACAAAACCUUUUCUUCCCAACUCUACUGUUAACAACACAGAAAGAAUAACUGCUAUCAGUCUUGUGGUUUUUAAAAUUUUUAGUACUAGAAUUCUAGAACCAGUCUAGAGAAAAUCUACAACAUUUUAAGAGUUCUAAAAUUGAGUAAUAUUUUUACUUCAUAGGUUACUUAGAAGAGCUAUGGUUUAUAACAUCUAUAACCUGUCAUUGUUAGCAUCAUUUAUUAAAUUUGUUUCAUAUACUCAUGAAAAAACUUAAUGACACUCUGUUGUUCCAUUUGGCUUCACUGUGCAUACCAACCAGAUGCUGACUGUUGAAGACAAUAUCUGAUACCUUUGCUGUCUAAGCUCAAGGUGCCCUACUGAGAAACAAGCUAUUUCACUUUUAUUGCAGGCUAGAAUCAUCUUACUAUCAAUAAGCAAAAAACAAAAGCAAACAAACAGGGGCUAGAGAGAUGGUUCAGAGGCUAAAAAAUGCUUGCUGCUCUUCCAAGGACCGGAGUUCAGUCUACAGCACCCACAUGGACAACUUACAACCAUCUGUUAACUCUGGUUCUAGGCAAUCUGAUCCUCUCGUGUGACCUCCUUGGGCACCUGCACAUAUGUGUGCAUGUUGACAUACAUGCAUAUAAAUAAAAAUAGUUUCAAAAGCAAGCUAAGAGCAAAGUGAUGUGGCAAGACCUCACAAUGUUAAGCAGAAACCCAGCAACUACACUACUGUAUGUAAAUAUCUGUGAGAAAUUAAAGCACAAAAACUUGCACACCAACAUCCAUGGCAGAAUUAUUCACAAUAGCCAAAAGUGGAAAGAUAUCCAUCACAUAAUGCAUGUGUGAAUAAAUGUGGUAGAUUCAGACAAUGAAAUGUGUAUUAAAC